AUGCUAUUUGAGUCCAGAUGGAAAAUUUUAUUAGAAAAGUUCCUAUCUGCUUCAAGUUACCUGAAUCAGACUCUUUACUCUAGUCGUUACUCAUGGGCUUGUACCUUCACAUCCAAAGUUUUCACAGCAGAAAUUCAAACUACAUCAUGCAUUGAAGGUAAUAGUGGUUUAUGUGAUUUGGUGAAGACUUUGGAUUCACAAUUAGAAAAAGAGGCUGAGUGGAACCAUUUUUUUGAGUAUCAGACUCUGUCAUCAUGUAUUGGGAUUGCAUCUGUUAGUAGUGAAAUAUUGCCUGCUGUUGACUAUAUACUCUUAGAAUACUUGACCCUACAAAUUCUUUCUAUUGAGCGUAUUGAAAUGGCACAGUAUUUAUACUUCGAUGCGAUAUUAGUUGACUUAACAAUAAUUGGAUUGGAUGACGAGAAUGAGAAUAUAAGUGAUCGAUUUACAGAAGAUGUUUAUAACACGAAGCAGAUUUUACUUAAGUUAAUGAUAUCAAAAGAAAAUGUGAUUUUCGCAAAUUCGGAUACUAGUGAAGCUCAACAAGGUCAAAAAACACCUUUGAUUCCUCAAUCUUUUAUAUUGAAACACUUUAUUAAUCAAAAGAAGCGUCUUUUAAUACAAAAUGAAGAGCCUAAAGACAGUGAUGAUAGCGAAAACAGUUCAAGGCUACAACAGAAAAGCCUUGUUGUUAGCCGUAUACAUGUCGAAGCUGUGGUAAGACUAGGCACAAUAGUACGAGAUGUCAAAAGAAAGUUGGUUAAUUUGAUGUUG